GCAACUGGAGGCCGUGCGCCGCGGGACCCCUGCCGGGUCGGCGUCGGGGCGCCCCCGGCCCGGGACCUGUUGAAGACGCUCGCUGUCUGGCGGGGUCCCCACGGCCUGUCCUCAGCCUCCUGAGUCUCAAUCCCCCUAACUCGUCACCCGCUCUCAACGUCUCCUCGCGGUCAUUUUCCUAAUUGGACGGAGCUGAGCGGUGUGAUCGUUGGCGUCAGAUGAGGGGUCCCGAGGCUGCCAGGUGUGAGGAGAAGGACUUGGCACCCUUGGGGGUCACCCAGUCAACUUUGAAGCAACUCUUUCAGCCCUGUCUUUGUGCACGUCAAUGCCCUCCUAGCCAGCCGCCGAGGGAUGGAGGGCUUCAUGGACUCAGGGACACAGACUGAUGCCGUGGUGGUGCUGUCCUUGGCUCAGGCUGCCGUGCUGGGCCUGGUCUCGGAAAAUGAGCUCUUUGGAGCCACCAUAAGCGCCGAAGCCUUCUACCCGGACCUGGGGCCUGAGCUUUCCGGGGCUUCCAUGGGGGAGCCCGGUCCCCCGGGCCCCGAUGUCUACCAGCUGGCCUGCAAUGGGCGAGCCCUGGAGGAGCCGGCCGAGGAGGAGGUGCUGGAGGUGGAGGCGGCCUUCGAGAAGCACACCCGGCGGAAGACGCGGCCGCCCGUGCGGCUGGUGCCCAAGGUCAAGUUUGAGAAGGUGGAGGAGGAGGAGGAGCAGGAGGUCUACGAGGUGUCCGUGCCCGGCGACGACAAGGAUGCAGGCCCAGCAGAGGCCCCCGCCGAGGUGGCCAGUGGUACCUGCGAGGCUCUGGUGCAGAGCAGCUCCGUCAAGAUGAUUGACCUCAGCGCCUUCAGCCGCAAGCCCCGGACGCUGCGGCCCCUGCCCCGACCCCCGAGGCCAGAGCUGGACGUGGCUCCCUAUGACCCGCACUUCCCCGACCCGGCCCGGGAUGGCUUCCCCGAGCCCAGCAUGGCGCUGCCGGGGCCCGAGGCCUUGCCCACAGAGUGUGGUUUCGAGCCGCCCCACCUGGCUUCCCUGAACGACCCCGAGGCCCCCACCAUGGAGUCCCCAGAGCCCAUGAAGCCGGAGCAGGGCUUCGUGUGGCAGGAGGCAGGCGAGUUCGAGGCCGACGCGGCAGGCUCCACAGUGGAGCGCCACAAGAAGGCCCAGCUGGACCGGCUGGACAUCAACGUGCAGAUCGAUGACUCCUACCUGGUGGAGGCAGGCGACCGCCAGAAGCGCUGGCAGUGCCGCAUGUGUGAGAAGUCCUACACGUCCAAGUACAACCUGGUGACGCACAUCCUGGGCCACAACGGCAUCAAGCCCCACUCGUGCCCACACUGCAGCAAGCUCUUCAAGCAGCCCAGCCACCUGCAGACACACCUGCUGACGCACCAGGGUACCCGGCCCCACAAGUGCCAGGUGUGCCAGAAGGCCUUCACGCAGACCAGCCACCUCAAGCGCCACAUGCUGCUGCACUCAGAGGUCAAGCCCUACAGCUGCCACUUCUGCGGCCGUGGCUUCGCCUACCCCAGCGAGCUCAAGGCCCACGAAGUGAAACACGAGAGCGGCCGCUGCCAUGUCUGUGUCGAGUGCGGUCUGGACUUCUCCACCCUGACUCAGCUCAAGCGCCACCUGGCUUCCCACCAGGGCCCCACCCUCUACCAGUGCCUCGAGUGUGACAAGUCCUUCCACUACCGCAGCCAGCUGCAGAACCACAUGCUCAAGCACCAAAACGUACGGCCCUUCGUGUGCACCGAGUGCGGCAUGGAGUUCAGUCAGAUUCACCACCUCAAGCAGCACUCGCUCACCCACAAGGGCGUGAAGGAGUUCAAGUGCGAAGUCUGUGGCCGGGAGUUCACGCUGCAGGCGAACAUGAAGCGGCACAUGCUGAUCCACACCAGCGUCCGGCCCUACCAGUGCCACAUCUGCUUCAAGACCUUCGUGCAGAAGCAGACCCUCAAGACGCACAUGAUUGUACACUCGCCCGUGAAGCCAUUCAAAUGCAAGGUGUGCGGGAAGUCCUUCAACCGGAUGUACAACCUGUUGGGCCACAUGCACCUGCACGCGGGCAGCAAGCCUUUCAAGUGCCCCUACUGCUCCAGCAAGUUCAACCUCAAGGGAAACCUGAGCCGGCACAUGAAGGUCAAGCACGGUGUCAUGGACAUCGGCCUGGACAGCCAAGACCCCAUGAUGGAGCUGACAGGUACCGACCCCUCUGAGCUGGACAGCCAGCAGGAGAUGGAAGACUUCGAGGAGAAUGCCUACGCCUACGCAGGCGUGGAUAGCAGCACCGAGGCCAGCGUCCUCACCGAACAGGCCAUGAAAGAGAUGGCCUACUACAACGUGCUAUAGCACAGGCUGGGCCGCCCAGAACGGGGUGAGGAGGGCCUGUGGCGUGGGGGUGAGACCCAUGGGCUGCGGGCUGCACCUCCUGCAGCUGAGAAACAAGCUACUGCCCCACUGUCCUGAGCCCUCCCCCCGCCACUGAGUCAUUUGCACCACUAGGGACUUUUAGACCAAAUGGACUGUACUACUGGCCUCAGCUGUGAACCAGGCAUAGGCCCUAGGCAUUCUGGGGAAGGAAGGGUGACACCGAGGCCCAGGUCUACGUCUCAUCAGCCUGCUGCUGUGGGAGGGUGGGGGAAAUGCUGAUGGGGGCCACUCGGGGACAGGUCACAGGGCACAGGUUCUCAGGUGUCUCCAGGCCCAGCAGAGCUGGGGCAACCAGUGUAGGCAGGGGUCCUGACACUGGAGGAAGAGAUCACUUGAGUCAGGCCUUGUUUCUCCUCUGGACCAACUCCUGCCUCCAGGGAUGGCUGAGCUCCCAAGCUGGUCAGCACUGCCCACCCCACCCAGUAGCCCCUGGGCUGGCGAAAGCCCAGGCCCUGGAGCCGCCUUCCCCAUCUGCCUGUGGACUGCUGGGCAGGGCCUCUGCCUUCUACCUCCUGGUGCCUCCUGCGCUCUCCUGGAGCCAGGCAUGCAUGCAGCCCCCUCCUGGCCCGCAGGAAAGGGGGGUCUAGCCCAGCCCCCAGCUAACGCCCUCUCCAGCCACCCCCACAGAAGGCCCCACAGCCCUAAGGUGGAUUUCAACAAACAUCACCCAGUUCUGUCUUGAGCUGGGAUACCACACCAGGGUCCCCAGCGUGAACAAAGCCAGGACAUGCCUCGUGUCAGGCACACACUAACGAAGACAGAUGGAGGCCCCUUGAGCGAGGGGGCAGAGCACAGCGAAGAGACCAAUGGGGACGAAGAGGGGCUGUCCUCAGAGGAGGCCAAGGACCACCUGUAUGGGGGGUGGGGGAGGCAGGGUGCUGGAGUAUUUUUCUUAUUUAAGAUAUAACAAGUAUCCAUUCUGAGGACGGGGACAGUCAAGAGUCAGCCGACUCCCAGGAAGAGCAACAUAUUUAAAAAGGAAAAUGAAGACCAUAGAGAAAAAAAAAAAAGAUUUUUUUUUUUUGAGCAAAUGGGGGUAUUUUGAAGGUAAUUUAUUGUUAUUUUUUUCCUUUCCAACUCUGUGUCGCCUGUUAUCUUUUCUGAUGGAGCUCAUUUUUUUUUUUCCCCAACAGAAGCUUUCUUGUGUGCUGUGUGUGCGCUGUGCCCCCCAACCUAGAGCAGCCUGACAGGGUCGGACUGAGCUUGGAGGGGACUGUCCCUCUGGCCCUGGAGGUCCAGCUGCUGGCAGGAGGCCUCAGGGGCCAGGCGACAGGCAGGAGGAAACCGCCAAGCCCCUCGCUCUAUCCCACCCACCACAGCGGCCAGGGCCCUUGCUCCGGCUCAGCCAGCAGCUGGUUCCCUCACUUGCCCACGCUCAUCACCUCUGUCCCCACGCCACCACCCCUUCCCUUGGAAAUGAAGGCUACAGGCCCAAGGCGGGGGGAAAUGGCACAUUCAGGAAUGCUAGGGCACCCAGACUCCCCCCCCCUCCACCCCCACCCCCGCUGAAACCUCAGUGGGGGAGGGCAGGCAGGGCUGUCCCCAAAGGCACAGGAGGUGAAGCCACUAACUUCAGUCCCGAAACCAGGUGGGGGUGAAACAGCUGGGGGUGGAAGGGACCAAUUUGACAAGCAGUUAACCCCCAAGGCUGUAUCCUGAGUGAAGGACCAAGCCAGGCCUCAGGGUGGCUGUAAUCAGGACGGAGGGGAGGAUCGGGCAGCCAGGUACCCUUCUGUGCCAGAGCUCACACUAAGCAACAAACAAGAGGGCUGGGGCUCAUGGAAGCCUCCCCAGAGUGUGGCUCUCCAGACCCCGAGGUCCCCCCAGCCUCCCAGGUGCCCUCCAUGAUGACCCUCAGGUGGCAGUGACCCCGUCACUGUAGAAGACAUUUUUCUCCUGCUGAGCAGAAGCAUCAUCCCCUGCAAACUACCUCUUCCCACAACGUCUUUCUCCCCUGGUACCAAAAAGAACCCUGUACCUCCUCCUCCUCCUCCUCUCUGCUGCCAGCGCAGUGGCCUUGGUCCUGGAAACCCAAGGGAGAAGGUCUGGGCCCCGGGGGGGCCCCCGCUUUCCUCCCCCAGCCCCGCCAUCAGCACCGGCCCUCUGCGAGGUUCGAUACUUGAAUGCCCCUGCCCUGUGCCUUGGACCUGGGCAAAGCGAAGAGAAGGGGACAGCACAAUUCAGAAUUAGAGCUGGGGGGUGGUCUUGGCAAGGCUCCUGUCCUCACCCCUCGUCCCCACCUUUUCAAAAGAGGUAUGUGGCCUCUCGGGUGACUUUGAAACUCCUGGGUGAAUUCCAUUCUAACUUAUUUUGACGUGUAUACAAACCAACUGUUUAGAAAUUCCACACUUGUGCAAAGCCCUACUGUGUUUUUAUGUUCCUGUUUAAAAGAGAAGUUUACUUAGCAAUAAUUAUAAAUAAAUGAAUAUUCUUUAGCAAGGUGACUGCGGGUGCUUCUUUCCAUGGUUCUCGGGGACCGGGUCCUCACCCCCUCCCCUGGAAGCAACUUGCACUAAAGCUUUGCAGCCUCACACAACAGGGCAUCACUUCCAGGGCCCAGGAGACCCAGACCAUCUUUUGCACUGGAAUGAGCACCUGCAGGACCAGGUGCCUCAAAGGAGCUGCUCCAAGCCCAAGAGGGGAACAGGCCACGGCCCCAGAAUUCCCACCACUUGCAGAGAAAAGCCACUUCCCCUCCUUACCCACCAACUGGGCACCAGGACAGAAGCCAGCUCACAAUGCCUGACUGGGCUUCAGGGGCCGUGCAUUCUGGGGGACUGCCAGCCCUUUGCUACUGAUGGACAAGAAGGGGUGAGAAAACAGGAGCUUUCCCCCAGGAGACGGGCCUAGCGGAGCCAGCAUGCCAGCUCUUUUCCCUGGAGCCCAGGGAGCUCAGCGCCAUGACAGAGGCAGAGAGGUCCUUCCAACAGAAGGGGGCGCCAGUGUGGGUGCGAGACUGCAGCCCAUCUCAGCUCCUGAGGUCCUCAGUCACUGGGUUUCAGGAGUUGUGAGAGUCCCCCACCCCCAGAAUUUGGGAAAUGGACUUAGGGUUGCCACAUAUUUAUUUUAUCAAGUGAAUAUGAUACAAUUUUUCCCUAGGACAUUUUAACACCAAAAAAAAUAGAAUAUCCCUGCAUAAGGAGAGCCCUUUAAAUUGAGACCUAUUUAUAACCUUACUUUUCUCAUUUUGCUAAAGAAUGGAGAAGGUGAACCUGAGUCUGGGACCCACUGGCUUAGACUACAUGGGGGACCCCAUUCACACUCCCAGGCCUUAGCCCCAAGCAGCCGUGAGAACAGAACCGAGAGGUGGCUGCUGAGUGAGGCCUGUUUUUAAUGCCAAGAAAAAGGGCAAAGAGAUCUGGAGAUGUUUAGAAGGUUAAAACCAACACAGAAAUAAAUAAAUAAACAAACAACCUGAAUCUAUCGAGACGUGUUAACCCCAAAAUGGAGAACAUGAUACAGGAACCGGAUCGUGCUAGGGAAUUUCAGGGAACCCACAG